AUGGAAAUCGCUGUCAAUUUAUUUAUAUGUGCACUUUUAAGCGUAAUCGACACUACAAUCGGUGAUAACCUUACCCUUCCCGCGUUCAACGGCACGAGAAGAAUCCUAAGGGGAGUGGAAGCUGGCGACUCGGAGCCGUUCAUGGUGUACCUGAGGCCCGCUCCUAGCGAUGGCGACCCACCACCCGACCCCAACUGGCUAUGUGGUGGAGUGAUCAUCCACGAAAGCUACAUACUCACAUCGGCGGCUUGCAUCGAGAGCAUCAAGCAUUUCUACGUGGUGGCGGGCACGCACAGGUGGAUACCAUUGGGACUGAAUGAUGAGUGCAUCACCAAUGGCGCUAAAAAAGCAGUUUGGAAAUGCGUUCCUAUCCAUUACGAGUUCGACGGCCACCAGUUCGAGAACAUUCGAUGGAUGCUCGACGACAUAGCGGUGGUCAGGGUGGAGGACAGGUUCAACUUCAAACGGCGCAUCGUCGGCUGCGACUUCGUGCCGAAGAAGAUAAAGUUCAACAACAUAAGCCUGGACAUGGAGAGGGCUGGCGUCGAGGGCCUCAUAGCUGGAUGGGGCUCGCAGGAGCAUUUCAGUGACGUCAUCGAGUACGGAAGGGAGAACAUCAACUCCCCAGUGCUGCUGGAAACUAGUGUGAUGCUCAUGAACAAAACGCACUGCAAGAGGUACUGGCCCGAGCGUUACCACUACAUCAUAGAUAGCUCUAUGAUCUGCGCCAAGGACGAGUUCAACUCGGUGGACAUGCGCGCCAUCUGUCACGAUCAAGUGAAAUGCAAGGACUUGUUAAACUCCAAGGAGCGUAUGUCGGAAAGAAGAUCUCGGGUUCUUACAAAUCCAGAGGCCCACAACUCUUUGCACUCGAGAAGAUAUUACUCCGAGUCCGGAGGAUUCUGUGAGAACGACCACGGUGGCCCUCUGGUGGUGGGCCACGGCACCCGAGCCGUGGUAGUGGGCGUCAUAUCCGCGAGUCUGACUGCAAACUACACGCGAAAAUGCCACGGGCCGUUCCUGUUCACCAGCGUGUACAGGAACCGGCUCUUGAUUACUUGCGCCAUCGACAGGGAAAACUCACCAACGUGCCGAAAAUAUCUGCUGCGAACAACAAAUACGCAAAUGAAUGAAACCACUUUCAAAUGGUCAGGACAUCCUGACGGACCAGCAAAAUCCGAGAUUAUAGCGGCUGUAACGAAAAAGGCAACAAGCAGAAGUAAAUUGAGCACGGCAAUUAAUAAUCGUACAAACAAAAACAAAGGGUUAUUAUUUUUAUUCGCUCUAGGCGUUGACAGUAUAAAUGUAACGACGCAGUUACCUGAAAACGUAGCGAAGUUGUUGAACAGUUCGCGAAGGAUCAUCGAAGGAAACGAAGUAGCAGAUGACAGGCCUUACAUGGUGUAUCUAAAAAUGCCUCGGAGUAAUAAUAAGAAGCUAAACUAUCGUAAUUGGUUAUGUGGUGGAGUGAUCGUUCACGAGGAGUACAUUUUGACAUCGGCCGCUUGUAUCCAAGACGCUGAGCAUUUCUACGUAGUUUCGGGUACAUACAGGUAUUCAGUGGAAGAUGACAGAUUCACCAAUGCUUGCAUUAAAAACGGAGCUAAGAAGGCUGUAUGGAAAUGUGUUCCUAAAAACUACAUGUUCGAUGGACACGAAAACGACAACAUCAGGUGGAUGAACAAUGACAUAGCUGUUGUUAAAAUCGACGAAGGGUUCGACUUCACGAGGCGGGUCAAGGGCUGCGAGUUUAUCCCGAAACCGAUAUGCUACAACAAUCAGAGCAAAACCUUAGAGAAUCCCGGCACGAUUGUCAGCAUAGCCGGUUGGGGCACUACGUCCAGAUAUAACGACUGGGUGCAGCGUAGAAAGGAAAACCAGCAGAACCUUCUAGAAGCACACGUGGAGAUUAUAUCAAAAACGAAAUGUAAACGAAGAUGGGGCUCUCGGUAUCACAAUAUCAUUGACAAUUACAUGAUUUGCUCUAAAGACCUUGGUAGUUCGAUGUCGGAGAUUUGUAAUGAUAAGUACGUCGACUGCCAAGAUAUAGAUUACUCUACGGAGGACGACGGGAGGAGGAAUGUCCACGUGACCGAUAGGAUCCCGAAGAAUCUCGUCAUGCAUUCAGCAUAUCAUAAUGAAUCAGCAGACAAUGGAACCGUUGAAAGGAAAAAUUUUGAUAGUUCGCAAUUACAAGGUGGAUUUUGUGAAAACGACCAUGGCGGUCCCAUGGUAUACGGAAGGGGUGGAAACGCCAUAGUUAUUGGCAUCAUAUCAGCCUGUCUCGUUAAAGAGAGGACCAACAAGUGCUAUGGACCUUUCCUUUACACAAGCAUCUAUAAGAACAGACAGUUUAUUUCGUGCGCCAUCUACAAGGAUGCUGAACCGAAAUGUAGACGACAGUUCAGAGCGGGAGAGACAUAUGAAGAAAAAGUCAUUUCGUGGAAGAAUCAUCCCGAUGGCCCAGCUAAGAACGAAUUGGAUGCUAAUAACAAAGUGUUUUCCCAAAAAGGUAUGGUAAUGCCUGCGCAAAGUUAUUUUACGACAGAAGCGAUCAGCGGAUCA